GGCCUCGUCAUAUAUGAGUUUCUGAUUACCAUCGGUGACGAGAUCAAGAUUGUGUGGAGGAGGCCAAUUACUGCACGUGCCGUCCUCCUUGGCUCGGUACGAUGGUGUAUGCUCCUCUCAGCCGUCCUGGAUCUUGCGCCGGAAACUGCGAAUGUGAGCCUUAGAAAAUUCUCUGAUUUAUACAUGCCAGUCUUCUCUGCCGCGCGCGUCUUCGCAAUCUGGAAUAGGAGCUAUGUCUGGUCGCUGGUGGUGUUAACGCUAAACAUGACGCCGUUGGCGACGAAUCUAGUGCUCGUGUACAUCACACGUGGCUCACUCAUCCUCGCCGACGCUAUCGUGCUCGUUCUAACAUGGAUUAAGACAUUUGGACACUGGAAGAGUGCCCGCCGACUCAGCAUGAGAGUUUCACUGACGACGUGUCUGUUGCGCGAUGGUCAGCAGUCCUUAGAGUAUCUUCACAUUUUCCGUUGCUGA